AUGGAUGGUCCCUGCAAUAUUCUUGUGUUUGUUUUUGUCUGGUUACUUACCUUAUCAAAUGUUGUUUUAUGCAUACGCGGAGCAUCUUGUGAGGUUGAAUGCAUUCCAAGUGAGCGAGAUGCCUUACUUAAGAUAAAGCAUCAUCUCUCAGAUCCUUCAAACAGGCUCACUUCUUGGUCUCCUAAUGGAAAUUGCUGCAACUGGGCUUUUGUUAUCUGCCACAACAUUACAGGCCAUGUUCUUGAGCUCCACCUCACAACUCCACCUCCUUCAAAGCUUCACUACAUGGUUUUCAAUGAGACAUUAAGUUUUGGUGGUGAGAUACAUUCUUCUUUGCUUGGCCUGAAGCAUCUGAAUUAUCUAGACUUGAGCAAUAAUGAUUUUGGAGGUAUGAAAAUUCCUACUUUUCUUGGCUCAAUCACAAGUUUGACAUAUCUUAAUCUAUCUAAUGCCGUAUUUGGUGGAAACAUUCCUCAUCAAAUUGCAAAGCUUUCCAAUUUGCAAUAUCUUGAUCUCGGAGGUAAUGAAUUUAGUGGAAGCAUUCCUCAUCAAAUCGGGAAGCUCUUCAAUUUGCAAUAUCUUGAUCUCAGGGGUAAUGAAUUUAGUGGAAGCAUUCCUCAUCAAAUUGGAAAUCUCUCCAAUUUACAAUAUCUUGAUCUUGGAGAUAAUCAAUUUAGUGGAAGCAUUCCCCAUCAAAUUGGAAACCUCUCGAAUCUAAUCAAUCUUCAUCUCAGAUAUAGAUUUGCAAUACCUAUUGAAAAUCUUCAAUGGGUUUCAGCUCUUUCUUCUCUUCAAUAUCUUGAGCUGAGUUAUGCAAACCUCUCCAACACCUUUGACUGGUUGCAGGUUCUACAUGCACUUCCUUCUUUGAGAGAGUUGCAUUUAUUAGAAUAUUGGUCUUUUCAAAAUCUCAUUGAACUUGAUCUUUCUGACAACUCCAUUCAAGGUCUAAUACCUAACUCAUUGGGAAACCUUGCAUCUCUAAAAUAUCUUGAUCUAUCUAGCAAUUCCAUCAAAGGUGCACUUCCUAGCUCGUUAGGAAAUCUUAAAUCUUUGGUAUAUCUUUCUCUUUGGAACAACACUAUAAACAGUGCAAUUCCUAUAUCAUUUGGAAAUCUAACAUCUUUGAUGCACCUUGUUCUCACUAGAAAUCAACUUGAUGGAAAUCCCUUUGAGAUUCUAGGAUCCCUCUCUAAAUUGAAUUACCUUGGUUUGGGAUAUAAUCUCUUUCAAGGAGUUGUCAAGGAAGCCCAUUUUGUAAAUUUGACCCAUUUGCAGACAUUUUGGGCACCAAAAAACCAACUCACUUUAAAAGUGGACCCUAAUUGGAAUCCUUCUUUUCUACUCUUAGAGGAGUUAAGUUUGGAUUCUUGGAAUUUAGGUCCCCAAUUUCCAUCAUGGGUUCAAUCACUAGAACAUCUUUGGUAUUUGGAUAUCUCCAGUGCCAUGAUUUGUGAUUCUAUUCCAACUUCGUUUUGGAGCAAAAUGGGCAAUCUUCAGUAUUUGAAUAUUUCCUACAAUCAUAUUGAAGGAGAGCUUUCGACUAUACUGAUAAACACUACUUUUGGAGGUGCCGUUGAUCUAAGCUCAAACAAAUUAUAUGGCCAAUUACCUUGUGUAUCACAAAAUGUGAUGUACAUAGAUCUUUCAAGCAAUUGGUUUUUGGGAUCCAUUACUCACUUUUUGUGUCAUAGACAAGAGGAGACAAAGUCAUUACAGUUUCUUAAGUUGGCAUCAAAUAAUUUAUCAGGUAACUUACCUGAUUGCUGGAUGAGCUGGCCAUAUCUUACAACAGUAAACUUAGCAAACAACCAUCUCUCUGGGAUGUUGAACACAUCCAUGGCAUCCUUGUUGGAGUUGCAAAUGUUGAACCUGCGCAAUAAUAAUUUUUCUGGAAAAUUUCCUAGCUUUUUGAUGAACGGAAGCAACAUGAUUUGCUUGGAUCUAGGAGAUAAUCAAUUUUCAGGAAUACUUCCAUCUUGGGUUGGACAAAGGUUGUCAAGUUUAAAGAUUCUUGUUUUGAGAUCAAACCACUUUUCUGGUCCAAUUCCUCAUCAAAUUUGUGACAUGAAUUUCCUACAAAUCUUGGACCUUGCGCACAACAAGUUGAUAGGAUAUAUUCCAAAGUGUGUUGAGCAUUUGCAUGCUAUGUCAGUAAUAAAUAGUAGUUUAGAGUCAUACAUUUAUUCUGCACAACAAAUUGAUGGGAUAUAUUUCACGUUGUUUGUUGAAGCAUUAUUGGUGAAAGGAAGAGUUUAUGAUUACAGCACCAACCUUGGUCUUGUUACAAGUAUUGACUUUUCAAGUAAUAAAUUAUCUGGAGAGAUACCAAUAGAACUUUCAAGCCUUAAAGGACUCCAUUUCCUGAACCUUUCAAAUAAUCAUUUUAUAGGCCAAAUUCCUCAAAAAAUUGGCUAUAUGGAAUCAUUGGAGUCUAUGGACUUGUCAAGAAAUCUACUUUCAGGCAAAAUCCCAGCAAGCAUCUCUCAAUUAAGCUUUCUUAGCUUCUUGAACUUGUCUUACAACAACUUGAUGGGAAAAAUUCCAACAGGGACCCAAUUACAAAGCUUUGAAGCAUCAAGUUUUAUAGGCAAUGAUUUAUGUGGUCCUCCACUCAACAGCAAUUGUCCAUCAAAUAGCCCCAAUAAUGAUAAAGACAAAGAAGUCCAUCAUGGAAAUGGAAUCCAUUGGUUCUUUGUAAGCAUGGCAUUGGGAUUUAUUGUGGGAUUUUGGGUAGUAGUGGGUCCUUUGCUCUACAGUGCCACAGCCACAGCUGCUUCGCCUCCGCCGGCCAAGAAGGAUGCCGGAACUGGUGGUGGGGAAAUAGUUAAUGCGUUCGCUGGCAAGGUUGUCAACAGGAAGGUUGCCGUUGAUCUUGAUUGCGUUUUAGAGCCAUUCGAAUCGAUUGGCGUUGGAGGGGACUCAGCUUCUGGGUGA